CUUUAGAAAAAAGAAAUUUCGUUUAUGUUAACUUUCAAUAAAUGUUUCUUUCUGCUGACCAAAGUUCAUAAAACUUUCUGCUUUUAAUGAUAUGGACACGGUAUCAUAAUUGUUUUUUUUUUGGUCAAGCAUUGCUAAUGUGAAUGAAUAAAACUUUCCUUUAUUUUGGUCUUGAUUACUUUAUUUGGUAUAAUUUAGCAUUUUGGUUUCCUUUUGUACAGAAAAAUUUCGUGUUUCUGUAAUACUCUUGAACCAUCAAUUUAUCUCUCAGCCUUUCUGUGAAAUUGCUCGUCCACAAAAACUCGUGUUCUUCUGUAAAUCUAUCAGAGACAUGGUAGGAAGAAGCUACAGCUUAACUAUGCGUGGAGCUAAGUCCGAGGAUCUUAGAAUAGCACUUUACGAAACGAAGGAAGAUGUUCAGAGACUCCAAGAAGAGUUAGACGCCGAGAGAGAAGCCAGUGACUCUUCAGCGAGCGAAGCCAUGUCAAUGAUUCUAAGGCUUCAAGGAGAAAAAGCGGCUUUGGUUAUGGAAGCUAGCCAGUACAGGAGAAUGGCGGAGGAGAGAAUGUCUCACGCUGAGCUGUCGCUGGAGCUUUUGGAGGAUCUGAACUACCAGAAAGAAGUUGAAAUCAAGAAUCUUGAGAGCAGAUUGUAUGCCUACAAAUGCAAGCUUUUGAGCUUGGGAUGUAGGGGAACUGAUGAUGAUGAUCAUUCUUCUAGUGAUAUGAGAUGUUGCGAUGAUAGAUCUCAAACCCCAUCUCCAGAGCCGUUUGAUACGGAUGUUUUGGUUCCCGUGGAGAAGGAAGUUAUUGAGCAGAGCUUGGAUUCAUCAAGAAGGAGACAUCAGGAGAAGAAUUUAGAUUUGUAUUGGGAUCAGAUCAAGAAGCUAGACGAGCAAUUAAAAGAGCUUACAGAUUUUAAAGAUUCUUUAAAAACUAAGAACGGAGAAAUAACAGGGAGAGCUUUUGCUGCAAGCUCGUCAAACAUUCAAGAUGUAGUUCCAAAGGUGUGUAAGAAAUCAUCUAAACGGAGGAGAAACAGAAGCGUAAAGAGAGAUCAUGCAAAACAAGGUGGUUUUAAUGCAAAUGAUGCGGAGUAUCAAGCCGAGUUGCAGCGGUUGAGAGAGAGAGUAGAGCAGCUUGAGCGGGCGACAUGCAACGCAGAGCCUCAAACUAGUGAGGUAAUGCAAGAAGAAAAGUUGAGUUAUGUCCAAGCUGAAAUGAAGAAUUCAAGAACUGAGAAGUUACCUCCUUGUUAUGAUUCAGCUAUUGUCUCUGUCCAAGAGGCAAUGCUUUACUUCUGGCUAUGAGACACGCCUUUCAUCUGGACCUGGCGGCAUUAGAGAGAGUAAAAGUCUCUACAAAUAGGAAGAAACAUUUUGAUUUAAUACAAAAAGUAUACAAACCUUGAGAAUCUUAUAGAUGUGUCACUAAGGUGUGAUUGAGAAUGUAUUUGCGUUUGUUGUGUGUUGCUUGAAGUAAGAUCACCUUUUUUUUUGUAUAGUUGAGCCUUUGGAAAGCAAACAUUUGUCCCGUGUUCUAGAUAUUUCAUGGUUUUGAUCAGACUU